AUGAAGACAUGCAGGUUUUACGCAUUGUUGCUCAUAAUAUUGAUAGUAGCCAUUUCGUCUCUUAGUUUUCGCGAAAAAAACGUCGAAAUCGAUUUACAUCUCGCUGAUGUCGACGCGCUUCAGAUGCCCGGCAAUGAAUAUGCCGUAACGGGAAGCAGACGGCCUGACAUGGUUGAAUCGCCCAGUUACGAAGAUGAACAGUUCGCACGGACCACACCCUGGUACGAUGUUAAUGAUGACGAUGUUGAUUUCACGACUAUAAAACAGCAGAAAGUAAGCACACUCUCCUCUGGAAAUAAGAGCCCUCAGCGGUUGCGAUAUCUGUUGCCGAUAUAUGUACGAGGAGGCGGUCCUAACUGGCAGUACAACAACUUCAAAGCAGCAGUAAGAUUGUCUUUAUACUAUAAUAGAACGGUGGUGGCAGUACCAUUCCUCGGACACAGAAGUCACCAUGGCGACUUCAGAGACUUCCAGCAAACGUUUGAUAUCGAUUACUUGCGGGAGCUUUUACCUGUGGCCACUUUACAGGAGUUUCAGCGUGACUGUAGAGGGCGGGUUGAUGCGAUUCUCACCCCGAGCACCAUUUUCCCGACCUUCAUCGCUAUGUAUGAAACCCACUACAACGGAUCACGUGACACCUUCCGUAAGACUUGGGGGAUAGAACUCCCCGAAUUUGCUUCCAUUCCUGAAACUGACGAAGAGAGAAGGGAAGUGUUCGACAAAACCAGAGAUGUCGAGUGUCUUGGUAUCUUUCACCCCAUUAACGUGUUUGGACUUGAGGUCCCUGAUGGACUUGAAUACGAACCAUGGGCGGACAUCCCGAUGGAUAGCACUAUUUCGCGGGCGACGUAUAGCCACGUUCGAAGGGCGCCAUUGAUCAGAAAGCUGGCUGAUAUUGCUCUGGAUGGGAUAUGUGAAAACGAGCCAUUCAUGGCAAUUCACUGGCGGAACAAAACAGGGGAACGGUGCAUGAAUCCAUCGGGGAUAGAGAAGGUGUGUAGGCGUAUCUUGCCGAUGUUUCUGAAUGCUACGAAGAAUAUUGUCGUUAAAGGUAUCGCAACAAUAGCUCACCGGAAGCAGAUAAAAUGUAUAUACAUCGCACGGCCAUCUUAUACAAAUAAAAUUGACGCCUGGAUCGCUGAAGAGAUUGAUCGUGUGUUCACAGCCGAUGAUAUCCUAUUGAUGAAAGAUCCCAGGUUAUCAGUUCUGAAGGACGAUAACUACGUGUUGUCAUUGGUUGAACAGGAAAUAUGUGCAAGAUCCAAUUUAUUUGGUUCGACGUGGCUGUCCAGCUGGUCGAAAUUUGUCGCCGAAGAAAGGAAAACCGGAGUGUUCUACUUUUAUCCAUUCCCUGGCCUCACCGAGGAAAUUUCACUGCUGGUAUAG